CCAUGAAACAGCUUCAGAAAGAAGAAGGGCACCAAUCACGGCACUUUACAAUCCUUCUCCCAGACGUUCAACAGAAAGGAAAACAGAAGCCCACACAAUGAAAAGCGCUCACUCUUUGGCUGGAGUCCUGCUCCUCAUCGUGAUCCAAAGCAGCUGGCAAAUGCCUGACCAGGACACAGACCGAAACCCAGUGUUUUUGCCUGAAAACUCUAUGUUGGCCGAACCCAUUGAGCUCUCAAACAUGAAGAGACACUCAGAGGGAACAUUUUCCAACGACUACAGUAAAUACCUGGAGACGAGAAGAGCGCAAGACUUUGUCCAGUGGCUAAAGAACUCAAAAAGGAACGGGAGCCUAUUUAGACGCCACGCAGACGGCACCUACACGAGCGAUGUGAGCUCCUACCUGCAGGACCAGGCGGCCAAGGAGUUUGUGUACUGGCUGAAGACUGGCCGAGGCAGGAGAGAGUAAACUUAAUCAACAACACCCUGAAUAAGGCAACAGUUCACACUGACACUGUGCUAUUAUAUGUUUUACAAUCUGUACUAGACUUUUUUUCUUGGUCAUGCUAUUAAAUUCCCCUCAUAAGAAGCACUG